AAUCCAACUCCUUGGGACUUCUACUUAUUCUAUGGAGCAGAAGAAAACCCAAAUAGCGGUCCAUAGAGUUGCUAGAUAUUAUCACUCCACUCUCCAUUAACCGCACAGACCUUAAUUUGGGCGAGAAACAUUAUGCAUUCCCUCUUCUCCCCCUCGUCUCUUCUCGUUCCACCUUCCUCCAUCCAUCCCUCUCUUACUUGUCUUUACAAUCACCAGCACCAUCGUGUUCAUCUCUCAUCUCGAUUUCAGUCACUUCCUUCCCUUAAAUGUUCUUCUGAGUCAAAUGAAGGAACAGUCGCAGUUUUAAACAUUGAAAACAUAGUUGAAAAAGACUGGUCUUUUCUUGAUAUAGACAACUUAAACUCUCUUGAAGAACAAACUCACAAGUCAAAUCGAAUAAUUUCAGCUGCUGAUAUUAAAGAUACUUCUAGGGUUUUAGUAUCAAUUGGUACGGAAGAUUUCGUUGACAGAUUAGUUGAAUCUUCACCAUGCCAACUUCUGUUAGUUGUUCAUGAUUCUCUUUUUUCUUUAGCUAUGAUUAAAGAAAAGUAUGAUAAUGUUAAGUGUUGGCAAGGAGAGAUUAUUUAUGUUCCUGAUAAAUGGGUUCCAUUUGAUGUUGUUUUUUUGACUUGUCUUCCUGCUGUGCCUUUUCAACUCAAUCAAAUCUUUGGAGCUCUUGCUGAACGUUGUUUACCUGGUGCAAAAGUUAUCAUCAGCCAUACACAAGGGAGGGGAGUCGUGGAGCAGCAAAGAAAAGCAUUUCCUGAUGUUGUAACCUCAGACUUGCCUGAUAAGCCUACAUUAGAGAAGGUAGCAUCAGAUAAUUAUUUUUACCUAACUGAGUUUUUAGAUGAGCCUGGUUUCUACCUUGCGGUUCUGAAAUUCUGCAGUAAAGGACUCCCAACUAGAUAGUGUGGCAACUGGCAGUUGUGUUGUAAGAAAUGAGAUUGAGUGAGAUGGUACUGCUGUAGUGGAUUUCACCCCGAGAAAGGACGGAAAAAUGGAGUUGUUUUUGCGUACGACAUUUUCCAUUACUCAUUUACUGAUUUGUAAAACGGUCUGACCUUCAAGACAUGCCUUUAUCAGAGUACAAAAAGGUUUGGUUGAUGUUGGACUUUUUGUGUUUGGGCAAUAAAUCUCCAUUAACUUAAGAUAAUCCUUGUUUAAGUUAUGUUAAGUCGGAUUAGUAGUAAUCUGCAUUAAGUUUUGUUUAUGGCAUGUUUAUGGUUUGAUCAUGUGCUGAAGUCUUGCUUAAGGUUAAUCCUAGAUAAGGUUGAACCUAGCAUGGCUCUUGUUCUA